AACGUAACAAAACUACAAUUACGCAAAUAAGUAAAUUGUGUUGUUUAGAAACGGAACCUCAUUUCAGUUUUUGUGUAAUUUUAUGUUAUGUGUAUGUUCAACUCUAUGCACACAGUCGCAUUUUUAGCGUACAUUAUUAUUAUUUUCAUGCGUCAUGCCAAAGUCACAAUCGCGUUUUACACUCUCUGAUUGCUCGCGGGCUUCCGUAGCGCUAAGUCUGCUGGCACUUGCCUUCAGACCGGCGAAGCAAACGCAGCAAUAAAACUGUGAAAGUGACAUUUUGUGGAUCGGAAACAUGAGCCGAAGUUACAACGAUGAGCUUCAGUAUCUGGACAAAAUCGGCAGCAACUGCUGGAGGAUUAAAAAAGGCUUCGUUCCCAACAUGAAGGUCGAAGGCAUUUUCUACGUCAACGAACCUCUGGAGAAACUGAUGUUCGAGGAACUUCGUAACGCCUGUCGAGGAGGAGGUAUCGGUGGGUUCCUCCCGGCCAUGAAGCAAAUCGGGAACGUGGCGGCGCUUCCCGGGAUCAUACACAGGUCCAUCGGGCUCCCAGACGUCCACUCGGGAUACGGAUUCGCAAUCGGAAACAUGGCGGCGUUCGACAUGAGCGAUCCCGACGCUGUUGUGUCUCCAGGUGGCGUCGGCUUUGACAUAAACUGCGGCGUCCGUCUCCUGAGGACGAACCUGGACGAGAGCGACGUCCAGCCGGUGAAGGAGCAGUUGGCCCAGUCGCUCUUCAACCACAUCCCAGUAGGAGUCGGAUCCAAGGGAGUCAUUCCCAUGGGAGCAAAGGACUUGGAGGAGGCGCUGGAGAUGGGCGUGGAUUGGUCUCUGAGGGAAGGCUAUGCCUGGGCCGAGGACAAGGAGCACUGCGAGGAGUACGGCAGGAUGCUACAGGCCGACCCCAACAAGGUGUCGUCCAAGGCCAAGAAGAGGGGCUUACCCCAGCUGGGAACUCUGGGAGCAGGAAACCACUACGCCGAGAUCCAGGUGGUGGACGAGAUCUACGACGACUACGCCGCCAAGAAGAUGGGCAUCGACCACAAAGGCCAGGUGUGCGUGAUGAUCCACAGCGGCAGCCGAGGCCUCGGACACCAGGUCGCCACAGAUGCUCUGGUCGCCAUGGAGAAGGCGAUGAAAAGAGAUAAGAUCACGGUGAACGACCGACAGCUGGCAUGCGCUCGCAUCACCUCGCAGGAAGGUCAGGAUUACCUGAAGGGCAUGGCGGCGGCGGGAAACUACGCCUGGGUCAACCGCUCGUCCAUGACCUUCCUCACCCGACAGGCGUUUGCUGAAGUUUUCACCACCACGCCGGACGACCUGGACAUGCACGUCAUCUACGACGUGUCGCACAACAUCGCCAAAGUGGAGGAACAUGUUGUGGACGGGAAGCAGAAGACACUACUCCUUCACCGCAAAGGCUCCACCCGAGCUUUCCCGCCACACCACCCGCUCAUCCCUGUCGACUAUCAGCUCACAGGGCAGCCGGUGUUGAUCGGAGGGACGAUGGGAACCUGCAGCUACGUCCUCACAGGGACGGAACAGGGAAUGACGGAAACCUUCGGUACCACCUGUCACGGAGCGGGUCGCGCUCUUUCACGAGCUAAGUCCCGCAGGAACCUGGACUUCCAGGACGUUCUGGACAAACUCGCCGACAAGGGCAUCGCGAUCCGUGUGGCUUCACCCAAACUCGUCAUGGAGGAGGCUCCUGAGUCGUACAAAAACGUGACGGACGUCGUCAACACUUGUCACGACGCAGGAAUCAGUAAGAAGGCGAUCAAACUGCGACCGAUUGCUGUGAUCAAAGGCUGAAGCUGCUCGACGCUACGUCAGAGACAAUUUAUCCAAAAUGAUGUACGAGAAUCUGCAACGAUGGAAGAAAAGUCGUCACUUGGUUUUGCACUUUUUCUGUUUUUGGAGGGGAAAAAACAAAUUUAAUUUGAAAGUGAAAAACAGAAAACCGAUGACGACUGAGUGAAACUUUUUGUUGUUUUCUUUAAAUAAAGACGAUCCCCGAGAAAUGGAUUUAACUUUAAUGCCAGUUUUACGACACUACAACAUCUACAACAAGACGUGCUACGGCUUUUUCUUCACGCAUCUUUUAGUGUCGCUCUCUCUCUGCUGCUCAGUGACAUCGCUUCCUUUCAAAUGCUUCAAAUUAAAACUGGAACAGGAAUUUACUCCUUGUGGAGGGGGGCUUUUAUUGUGAAACCUUUUUAAAAGGUAGAAGAGUUGGAUUUAAUUGUUGGAAGCUAAAUAAAGGAAAAUAAAAAUUUUAA